CUUCAGACACAUGUCCACCCGGCAUUUUUCCCAGACUUUCGACAAGAAACGCCCUUUGUAUCGCCCAAAACAACAAAUAAUACGGCAAAACAUCGAUCACAAUGGCUCGCUUACCGACAGCGUUUCCGUAUGCGCACAGCACAACCCCCGAGAAGGGCGCGGCCGAACUAAGCCAACUCCUUCGUCGACUCGACCAGACCAUCCUCCACGCCGACCAGGACCGCGAGCGCAGGUUGCGGUCUAGCGAGUUCGAGCGGGCGAGGCUGAACUCUAACCUCGACUAUGCGCGGAGUCUUCUCACAAGAGUCGAGCAGGAAGCCAUACAUGUCAAGCUUCUCUCUCGGAGGCAGGACAUGCAGGCCGACCUGAACCGUAAACGCGAACUUCUUGAAAGACUGGUGGAUAGGAUGCAUGAUCUCGAACAGUUGCACGAGGAAGACGACGACAACAGCUCCGACGGCGAGGAUAUCUUGGCCGACAUUAUCCCCACGCCGAGCGAAAGCAUGGACUCUCGGUCGACCGAUAUACCAACAGAAGACACAGGCGACCAAGAUAAAGACGAAGAACCCGAGACACCCAGCCUUCCCCCGCCCGUCUCAGCGCUGCCAAAGGAACCCUCACAAUCAUUUGCAGCGGCCACGACUUCAGAACCGGAAAUUUCGACAUCACAUCAAUCAAAAACAACCACCGAAGCAGGGACAACAACAACCCAGUCCCUCCGUUCCCGCGGCCCCGCACGCCCUGACUCACCCUCGGCGACAACGACAGCGACAGCGCGCGCAGCCCUUUUCGCCUCCCGUCGCUCCAACACCGUCAAGUCGACAGUAUCGGCCCCAGCCUCAUCAACGGCAACGGCCGAAGCGAUCCUGGAUCACCAGCGCGCGGAGCAGGAUGCGCUGUCCGAGUCGAUUUUGAAGAUGGCCAGUGCGCUCAAAGCCAGCUCGCAGAAGUUCUCCAACACGCUCGAGCAGGACAAGAAUGUCGUCUCACGCGCGGCCGACGGGAUGGACAAGACGGAAAGGUCGAUGGACGCCGCGAGCCGGAGGAUGGGCACGUUACGGAAGAUGACGGAGGGUAAAGGGUGGUGGGGCCGGAUGAUGCUCUACGCAUGGGUUUACGGGCUAAUGGUUGCGUUGAUUUUGUUGGUGUUUGUGAUGCCCAAAUUGAGGUUUUAGGUGAUGAGGGGCUGCUUCCCGUCAUGACAGAGGCAAGAGGCGGGUUUACGAUACGAUCACUCCCCCGGGGUCGGGCAUGAAGUCGGCGGAGGCUCGUGUAUCAGGCAUGGCAUGAGCGACAACUCGGAAGACAGAACAGCAUUGGGCCAAAGACAGACUCUUCUGUCGAUCAUUGAUUCAUUCGUUCGUGUAUGGCUCAAGCUUGUGAAAACGCCCAAGCAUGCUGAC